AACGUCUCCAACCAAAUGCUAAUGAUGACGCAUCCUGACGCUAGCUCAGAAGUUCCUAUGCUACUGGCGAAAGGCUGGCAAAAUUCUCUUCCCCUCUUCCUGCAUCUUUGAGCUUGGGGUUUGUCUAUCCCAUGGGGAACUCAAGCAGAAAUUAUGAAUAUGGCCUAUUUCCCAGACCAUUCUGUGCUAAGUGGUCUUGUAGCUGUCCUCUUCCUUCAGCUGAUCAUGAGGAUCUCAGCUCAUUUUACUGUGGUUGCACAUGCUGAACCUCCCCUGACCAUGAUAGGGGAAGAUGCCACGUUACGUUGUCACCUCUUCCCCAAGAAAAGUGCUGAGCAAAUGGAGGUAAGGUGGUUCCGUUCACAGUUCUCUCCAGCUGUUUAUGUCUAUAAAGAUGGGAAAGAAAGAGAUGAAGAACAGAUGGAAGAAUAUCGAGGAAGAACAACAUUUGUGAGAGAUAAUAUCAGAGAUGGAAAUGUUGCUCUGAAAAUACACAAUGUCACAGCUUUUGAAAAUGGAAGGUAUCACUGCUAUUUUCAAGAAGGCAGAUCAUAUGAAGAGGCCUUUAUGGAUUUGAAAGUCACAAGUAUGGGCUCAGAUCCCUUCAUUAAAAUUAUAGGUUAUGAAUAUGGAUGGAUACAACUAGAAUGUACAUCAGCAGGAUGGUACCCGCAGCCUUGGGUAGAGUGGAGAAAUCUUGUAGAAGAGACGAUUCCAUCCUUGGAGGAAAGUCUGGCUCCCAGUGAAGACGGGCUGUUUGUUGUGACGUUGUCUGUGAUUAUCACAGAUCCCACAGUGGUUAGUGUGUUCUGUUCCAUACAAAACCUCCUUCUCAGCCAGGAGUUGUUGACAAUGAUGUCUAUACCAGAAACUGUUUGGGUCUCGACUUCCAUGCCCUCUGAGAGCCCUUCCGAGUUCCUAGACCCAACAACUCCUGUACCUGAAAAGGUCUCUACCUGGAUGAUUAUUCUCACUGUGGCCUUGCCUGCUCUUGGACUUUUUAUUGCUUUUAGUAUUUAUUUCAUGUGGAAACAACACAAGAGGAAAAAGACACUAUUUAUAGAAAAAGAAAUUGAAUGUGAAGAAAAAGAGAGAGAAUUUGAUAAAAAGGGGCAAGAACAUACGGGAAAAGAAAGAGAAUGCAACCUGACAGGAUGGAGAAGAACUCAGUUACAUGCUGCUGAUGUGACUCUGGAUCGAAACACAGCUCAUCCUGAACUCUACCUCUCUUCGGAUUUGAGGAGUGUGAUGCGAGGGGACACACGGCAAGAUCUGCCUGACAAUCCAGAGAGAUUUGACUGUAGACCCUGUGUUCUUGGUCGCGAGAGCUUCACCUCAGGGAGACAUUACUGGGAAGUGGAGGUAGCAGAUGUUAUGGUUUGGGCCCUUGGAGUCUGCAGUGAAAAUUCUGAGCGAAAGGGGGAGGCCCUUCUGAUACCCCAAAAUGGAUUCUGGGUUAUUGAGUUGUUUGGAGGUAGAUACCAGGCCCUUACCUCUCCUGAUAUUCUCCUCCCUCUGCCUGAGCACCUAGACCGAGUGGGAAUUUUCUUGGACUAUGAGGCUGGAGAUGUCUCUUUCUACAAUAUGAUUGACAGAUCCCACAUCUAUACUUGCCCUCGAACCUCUUUUUCUGGACCCAUCAGGCCUUUCUUCAGGCUUGGGUCUGAUGAUAACCCUUUGGUCAUUUGCCCAGCAUUCACUGGAGCUGAGGGAGUCACUGUCCCAAAGAGUGGCCUAAUCCUUUAUAGGAAACUCCACUGACCCCUUGAUGAGGGGUGGAAGGACCACCUUCAGGCUCUGAGCUUCAGUUGCCUACUGGAGAUAGAAGUUACUUUAUCAUACAGCUUUUAAUUUUGAUCAGUUCUUUAAAGAAAGAUUCACUUUCUUCUGUCCUCCCCACUCUGUCUCCUCCCUGGCCUAUAACUGCCUGCAUAAUCUAACUCCUUUCCUGUUCCUCCUGGGUCAAGCAGGCCCAUGGUUCAACUGACACAAAAGAUUUCCUAGCUGGGCAAGGAGAAAUGUUGCAGAGGAGGGAUGGUGAAGGGAAGAGGAGGCAAACUUUAAAGUUGCUAUAGUGGGAUGGGGAUUGAAAGGAUAUGAAGAAAGGACAACAGAAUGAGAGCUUGGGCUCUAGAGGAAAUAUCAGUGAUUGACAGUAAAAAAGACACCAUGGAACUUCUUAGGGAUAAGGAAAGGGGAAAAAUUACAAGCUUAAGUCAGAUAUUUUGAGUAUAGGAAUAAGAAUCUUGGAAAGGGGAAAGAAGCUAGUAAAGAUGUGAAAUCAACAGUGUCAGCUGUAUUUCAGGAAAAGAGAAUUAUUCUCUGGAACCAUCCUUUAAAAAAAACCUUAAUUUGAUCCUGUAACCCUUUUAAGCAGGGGUUUUGAACCUGGCUCCUAAGGAUCCAUGGAUACAUUUCAGGCAGUCCAUGAACUUGAAUGGGAAAAAAAAUACAUCUUUUGUUUCACUAUAAUUUAUUUUCUUUGUAAUGUUAUAUAUUUUGUUUUAUGCAUUUAAAAAUAUCCUGAGAAGGGGUCUAUAGGCUUCACCAGACUUCAGGGAGGGGUGGAGUUUAAGAAUCACUACCCUAAAACUAUCAAUCCUACAUCUCUCCUCACUUUCACAUCUAAACUCUUAGAAAAAGCCAUAUAAAUUUGUUGCCUUCGGUUCCUCACCUGCCACUCACUUCACAACCCCUUGUAAUCUGGUUUAGACCCCAUCAUUCUACUAAAACUUCUGUCUCCACAGUCAACAGUGCUCUCUUUGUAAUCUCUCUUUUCAAUGUAUUUCUUAUAGGGACUGUUACAGUCUCUUGCAGAGCCAGAUAAGAGGUCAGGUAGUAUUACAGUAAUUUUAAGAGCUAAGUAGGAAUUAGGGGAAAGACAGACUGACAGUUGGAGGUGACAAAUGAGAAACAGCUCUCUUUGUAUGGAAUAAGGGAGAAAGUGGGGAGUUAGAAACUCCUAGGUACAAGAUGAAUGUCAGUGAUUAUUGUUCUCAUCCUCCAGGAUUUCUUGGCCACACAUCCACAAAAGCCCCAGAUCUUAUCCUUGGGAGCAGGAAAAACCAGCCCUGAUCUCUUGAAAAGCUGGCUGACAAUAG